UUGAGUCAAAUGUAACGCAUGAUCUUCCCUAAGAUCCGGUGUAAACGUAAACACAUCGGACACGUGACGUGUGUACUUCAUGAAUGCCGGCCGGCCACGCUCGGUUCAAUUUCGAUAAACAUAAAAUGAUUGAAAAAGAGCAAGAGUGCGAAAAGUUAACUGAUGAAAUCGUUGAGCAGGACUUUGCUAAGCCAGAAAGGCAAGAAGCAAGAGCUUUCUUGCGGGAAAGAUUUCUCCGCGUUAUCACGGGAAUUGUGGGAAAACCUGCAGAAUUUAAUCUUCAUGAGAAUUCAAAAGUUAGCGGUGAGUUCCGUGGUUGCGACGUCGACGGGCUCGAAGUCUAUGUCAGAGAUCUAGACACUCCAUUGGGAAAAGUUCCUGAAGCUAUUCUUAGAACUACCGAUAUCAUUCAUUUCACAGUUAAAAACAUUUGUCCUCAGCAAUGAGAUAAAAUAUCAAUUCCAUGUAUUUGUAAGUCUGAUUAAUGUUGAAAUUAUUUGUAAAAUAAACCUGUGGCACUUGUA